GUACAAACGACAAACUACAUUAACAUUCUUCAUGAGCAGGUGCGUGGUAGUUUUAGUGACGACUCAAAGCAGUUGCUCUUGAAGAUAUCCUUAGACCUAGCGACAUUCAGUUGGUCUUAGACAUUGUGUUAGCCUGACUUUUUACUCUUACUCUUACACCCUCCUUAGAAGAUUAUGGUCAACAUGAAGCUGCCAAUUAAAUGGGGGAAAAAGGAGCUCGAGGUGGACGUGGCGGACGGCCUCUCUGUCGAAGACUUCAAGUCGCUCGUUUACUCGAUGACCAAUGUACUCCUAGGACUCCACUUUCUGUCACUUUCAAUACCUCCACUGAAAUUAAAUAUCUUGUGUCAACUACUUCUCGUCCAACAUUCUAUCCCAGGUCCCAGUCGCAAAUAAACAAUCUUCCAACUACUUCUCGUCCAACAUUCUAUCCCAGGUCCCAGUCGAUCGCAUGAAAUUUCUCGGCUUUGCUGGCGGCCUACUGAAGGAAAGCGACAACUUGAUCGAAAAAAUCAAGAAGCUGAAGCCAAAUGCGAAGAUUCAGUUGGUACUCCUGCUUGAGGAUUGUGAUCGAGAUAAUUGUAGUCAUCGACAGAAAAAUAGUGCAACAUCAACUACAUCUGCAUCUGCAUAUUACCGACCCACUACACAACCCAUACCAACCACAGAUCGGCACAGCAGAAGGCGGAGAGGUACAUGCACCGGCAGAAAAGACAGUCUUCAUGGAAGAUUUAACUGCUGAGGAGAGAGCAAAGAUUUUAAAGGAGAAGAAAGUGGUAUCUUCUAUUGCAGCAUCUUUUGAAGAUGAUAUUGUUCCUCAGAGGACUGUCGUUGUAAUUUUUAUUUUUGGCAAGAACAACAACAAGAUCUACUCAGAAGAUUCUGGAUUCUCUUCCAAAACAACAACAACUUUCACAGGAAGUGCUCCCCUGUGGUUUGAAGAACCUGGGGAACACUUGUUACAUGAACUCUGUGGUGCAAGUUUUGAAGACAUGUCCAGAGUUUCGAUCUGCGUUAGUCCCCACUAGUGGUGGUGGCGCAAGCUCCUCAACGUCAAAUGGAGGACAGGCGAACGAUUUUGCAGCAAUGAUGGGCAUGGGAGGUGGUUCAGCCACUGAUGCGGGAUUUACAAAUUUAUGACCCAAAGGGAAUUCAUUUUCAUCUCCAAUGAAAUGCAGACUACCCAAGAGAAUAUAGAGACUCGGAAGGACUUCAACUUCAUAGUGUUCUUACCGAACAAAAACUUGAACUGUAUGGUCAACAAAUAAUACAAAAUCCCUUCAUCUACCCACCUUUCUAGUAGUACCCCUUCUACUACCCCUCUAAUCCCUUCCCUCCGCGUUUUUUUGGACUCCCUGGACAGCACAACGGAUACGGUUACGCCUUUCCAGUUUGUGCAGACUCUUAGAACGCGGUUUCCGCAGUUUGGCGCAACUACUGGCAAUCCGCCAUCGUAUCAACAGCAGGAUGCGGAAGAAUGCCUCCGUGAGAUGUUCUCCGUUAUUGCCAAUGCCACGCAAAAAGACGGCACAAACGCAGUGGACAAAUACUUCGGGUUCAAAAUGAAGUCCAAGUAUAAGUGUCUAGAAGUGGAAGACGAGGUGCCGGAUGAAAGAGAAGAAAGCUACCGUUUCUUCGUCUGUCAUAUGGGGUCUACCACAGAACCGGUGUCGCACAUGCACGAGGGCAUAAAACACUCGCUCAAGGAACACUUGGAGAAAAGCUCACCGAGUCUAGGUAAUACUGAUUUUGAUGUUUGGUGUUGUUUGUUGUUGUUCGUCGCAGCACAUGUUGCACAAGCAAGGUACGUAGUACUAGAGCUACAAGAACAGCCAUAUUAGUUUCCUUUUUUUCAAUUCUUGCCAAUUUUGAGUUUUACGGCCUUCCCACGUGGUCCUUCAACUCCAACUCCCCAGGUCGAAUAGCUCAGUACGAGAAGAGUACUUGUAUGGCGACUUUGCCUCAGUAUCUCUGGGUCCAAUUCGCGCGGUUUGGCUAUAAGCAAGCGAGUGCCCUUGGCGGCACAGAAGCUUCAGCGGUGAAAAUGGUCCGAAAAUGCGCCUUUUCAGCGUCAUUGGACGUGUAUGAUUACGCCACGCCAGAACUACAAAAGGAGUUGGGAGUGGGCAGACUGAAACUCCGGGAAAAGCGCGAAUUAGAAACGGAAGCAGAAGCAAAAAAGAUAGCUGAUUUUGGAAAGGACGAAAGCGAAAUACGUACUAAUAACACUUCUAGUUCUAUCUCUAUCUCUCCUAGUACUACUAGUACUACUAGUACUUUCAGGUACAGCACUCCUCUACUCUCUUAAUAGAAAUAACCCGCCCAGAAAAGAAGUUAUUGCCAGCAUUGGUUCCUUUUCCUCCAAGUAGCAAUGACUUUCGAAAUCGAAUCUUCCACUUUAUCAUUAUCCUCAAGCUCAAUUCUCUUCCUCCAACACAGAACCAAUGGAAGUCGAGGAUCCGACAGUUCCGAAGAAGGAUUUCAACACUGGGCAAUACGAGUUAUGCGGUGUCGUUAGCCACAAAGGACGCUCCCUACAGGGCGGACAUUACGUCGGUUGGGUUAAGACGCAUGCCGCAGACGGAAAAGAUUACAAGGAUGAUCAAUGGGUACUUACUUACUUACUUACUUACUUACUUACUUACUUACUUACUUACUUACUUACUUACUUACUUACUUACUUACUUACUUACUUACUUACUUACACGACUGCUUCUUGUUCUUACCACUCUUUUUAGUACAUUUGCAGAUACAACUUACCGUACUACUUACUUACACGACUACAACUUACCACCACUCUUUUUACAUUUACUUUGGAGAUGAUAACUAGGAAAAAUAGGAUUACAAGGAUGAUCAAGAAUGGGUUGUACGUCAUUUACAACUACGACUAGCAAUCCCAAUCUCUCUUUUUACGCAACGAUUUCCUAGACUUCUCUACUCUUUCUCAACCACAGCUUCUCUUCGAUGACGAAGACGUUCUCCCUUACGAGUGGAAGCAGAUCACGGGUAUCAAUCUAGACCUUCAAGGAGGUCGUGCCGACACUCAGAUCGCCUAUAUGUGCCUCUAUCGAAGGAUACCUUGUGUAAUGCCGGACACCCCACCGAAGGAAUUCGAUGUGCCUAUGCCAGACGCGAAAAAGGCGAAGAAGUAAUCGGACAAGUAGGCGAGAUCUUGUAGGGCAAAAAUGAGGAAUUAUGAGCAGCAUGAGGAACAUUAUCUCUGCUACUCCUCUCAUAACUGUCACUGAUGUGUUAUCCAGGUGUAACAAUACCUAUAAUAUAUUACCACCCCCUCACCCUGAUGAACGCAUGAUUGCCAAUCGUGACAGCGCCCCAUGCUGUUAAAAAAUUCCAGCCACGGUCAUGAAGGUAAACCCUGAAUACGGAUUAACAAGUACGUAUCACUUUUUCAUAUCACGAACGAAGGACAAUUUGGUUGAGCACGAGCACGAAAAAAAAUUUUUGAAGCAUGAUUUCUACGUCGCAGCUGCUGCGGAGAACAGGUGCUACGGC